AGGCGGAGGCAGCAAAUCCCGGGCAGCUGCCGGGGAGCCUGCUCGCCUUUCCUCGCCUCUCUCGGCUUCUCYUCCUCGCCUCGCCUCGGCACCGGGGCGAGCCGAGCCAGCCCUGCGUGUGUGUGCACGCGUAGGCGGGGGGGCUGCCGCAUGGAUUUAGCGAAGGCUGGGAGGGAACACAUGGGUUGGGGUUUUUCCCUUGGCCCGCGGUGGCUGUCUGUCCGUCCGUCCUGCCAGCCGCGGUUAUGGAUUCGAUCAUUAUUCAGGAGCGGUUAGUGGAGCGGCUGCUGUCUCCCCGGACGCAGGCACAGCGAAGCCACCCGGGCAAGCUGAAGGACCAUGAGAAGCAGUACGUGGGCUUUGCCACUCUGCCCAACCAGGUGCACCGGAAAUCCGUGAAGAAGGGUUUCGACUUCACCCUGAUGGUUGCAGGAGAGUCGGGUCUGGGCAAAUCCACGCUGGUGAAUAGCCUGUUCCUGACAGACCUCUACAAAGACAGAAAGCUCCUCAAUGCAGAGGAGAGGAUCAACCAGACAGUGGAGAUUGUCAAGCACACGGUGGACAUUGAGGAGAAGGGUGUCAAGCUGAAGCUGACCAUAGUGGACACACCAGGCUUUGGAGAUGCUGUUAACAACACUGAGUGCUGGAAGCCCAUCACUGACUACAUUGACCAGCAGUUUGAGCAGUAUUUCCGUGAUGAGAGYGGCCUGAACCGGAAGAACAUCCAGGACAACCGAGUGCAUUGCUGCCUCUACUUCAUCUCUCCCUUCGGGCACGGGCUGAGGCCUGUGGAUGUGGAGUUCAUGAAGGCUCUGCAUGAGAAGGUGAACAUUGUGCCCCUGAUUGCCAAAGCCGACUGCCUGAUACCCUCUGAGAUCCGCAAGCUAAAAGAGAGGAUCCGGGAAGAGAUCGACAAAUUUGGCAUUAAAGUGUACCAGUUUCCYGAGUGUGACUCUGACGAAGAUGAAGAGUUCAAGCAGCAAGACAGAGAGCUGAAGGAGAGCGCUCCCUUUGCUGUCAUUGGCAGUAACACUGUGGUGGAGGCCAAAGGCCAGCGGGUCCGUGGACGGCUCUACCCCUGGGGCAUUGUGGAAGUGGAAAACCAGGCACACUGCGACUUUGUGAAGCUGCGGAACAUGCUGAUCCGGACACACAUGCAYGACCUGAAGGACGUCACCUGCGACGUCCACUAUGAGAACUAUCGAGCUCAGUGCAUCCAGCAAAUGACCAGCAAGCUGACUCAGGACAACAGGAUAGAAAGCCCGAUUCCUAUCCUGCCUCUCCCAACACCGGACACUGAGACAGAGAAGCUGAUCAAGAUGAAGGAUGAGGAGUUACGGCGGAUGCAAGAGAUGCUGCAGAAGAUGCAGCAGCAGAUGCAGGAUCAGUGAGAGGCAGGUACCCGGAGGGCAGAGGGAAUCCCCCAGUGACUGUCUGAGACCUGGCAAGAGCUGUGAACGUUUAGAAAAGGUUUCCUGUUGUAUAGAGACUUGUGGGCAAGAGCUGCACCCGCACCCUCUAAUUUAUUAGCAGCAGUGCUGGCUUUUCGACCAGCUGGAUUGUGGAGGAGGCUGUUCACUUAACAGUUUACUGAUGUGUAUUUCUUUUUUAAUAAUUAUUCUUUAAUUUC